AUGCUUGACGUCAAGGAUGUCAUGAUGGAGGCUGGCAUUGCGAGUGCCGUCCUUGAAGUGCUCACGCAGCACUGGCGGCCGAUGUCGCGCGUUGGUCUGCCGCUCAAAACGUGGGCCAUGUGUUUCCCCGACGUGGGAAGCCUCUGCGCCGGGGAGCGUUUUCUUGGAGACUAUGCGGAGAAGCUAGCGCGUCUUGGACUCGUUGUCGAGAGGUUCAACUCAGCGCAGUCGGGAGGCGGGGGGAGCGGAUUCGCCACUGGGGCGAACACAUUUAGGGCGGGGGUUGGAACCUCCGCAACUCGGGCGGUCCAGGCGGCUACUGCCGCCACGGGGCAUGCGGCGCUAGAUGGGGGACGUGCAGCCACGGCGCAAGCCUUGGCGUCCGCAGUGCCUGCUCCGGUUAUGCAGGUGCUCCAGAACUUGCCGCAGGCCAACAAGGGCGGGGAGAAGAAGGGAAACUAG